AUGCCUGCCUCCAAACCCCAGAAUGGGAGCACGACCAACCAAUUCAACCAGAGGCUGAAGAACCUCUUUCGGAUCAACGCCAAUGGCGCCGGCAAAGAUAGCGAGAAGUCAAAAGACAAGGACGCCGACAAGACGUUUGCUCAAGAAAGCCCUCCCGCCAAACCCGAGAAGUCAUCCAUCCGUAACACGUCGUUCUUCAAAACCACCGUCGGUCGCCUAAGAACCAACACUUCCGCCAGCGAGGGCAACCCGCUCGAUGAGGCCCUCAGUCCGACAGCCCACGCGAACCCCUACUUUGCCCACCAAGGCCAGCCUGGCCUGCGUCACCACAAUGAGGGCUCCGUGCCACCGAGCCCGCCUGACACACCGAGCUUCAAGGCCGAAUCGACCAACGGCGGCCCCGACAAGCACGCCACAAACGCAGGCCGGGAAGAGCUGGCGAGGAAGCUUAGAAGGGUCGCCAGCGCCCCGAACGCCCAGGGUCUCUUCUCCAAGGCUGCCAAGGGAAAGGGCAGCGACGAGCGUCCCGCCACGGCCGAGCUAGGCAAAGACCCGGUUGUCGUUCACAAGGACUCUGGUACUCUCGAGCUUGUCAACUCGUCCGACCUCAAGGCCGUCUCCACCGUCGGCAGCACCUCGACAUCAUCCAACCCAGAUAAGGACGUUCUCGCCGGCCUGCCGCCGCCGAACAGGACCGCGCUAGCAUUCAGGCGGACGUACAGCUCCAACUCGAUCAAGGUCCGCGACGUUGAGGUUGGGCCUCAGAGCUUUGAUAAGAUAAAGCUCAUCGGCAAGGGAGAUGUGGGCAAGGUCUACCUGGUGCGGGAGAAGAAGAGCACGCGGUUGUAUGCUAUGAAAGUCCUGAGCAAGAAGGAGAUGAUCAAGCGCAACAAGAUCAAGCGAGCCCUUGCCGAGCAGGAGAUUCUGGCUACGAGUAACCACCCCUUCAUCGUUACUCUAUACCAUUCCUUCCAGUCGGAGGACUACCUCUACCUGUGCAUGGAAUACUGCAGCGGUGGAGAGUUCUUCCGUGCGCUGCAGACACGGCCAGGCAAAUGCAUUCCUGAGGAGGAUGCCCGGUUCUACGCUGCUGAGGUUACGGCUGCUCUAGAGUACCUUCAUUUGAUGGGGUUCAUCUACCGCGACUUGAAGCCAGAGAACUUCGAUUUGUCCAAGCAGUCUGAUCCUGGCGGUAAGCCGACCAUGAUCAUUGGAAAGAAUGGCAGUACCAAAGAAGCGUCUCUCCACAUUGACACGAGAUCAUGCAUCGCCAACUUCCGCACCAACUCCUUCGUGGGUACGGAGGAGUACAUCGCGCCAGAGGUGAUCAAGGGCAGCGGCCACACGAGUGCGGUGGAUUGGUGGACGCUAGGUAUUCUCAUUUAUGAGAUGCUUUACGGCACAACGCCCUUCAAGGGAAAGAACAGGAAUGGGACGUUCGCCAAUAUCCUUAGGGAGGAUAUCCCGUUCCCAGACACGGCUGGCACGCCGCAAAUUUCCACUCUUUGCAAGUCUUUGAUCCGGAAGCUAUUGAUCAAGGACGAAAACCGAAGACUCGGCGCCAAAGCUGGCGCUUCUGACAUCAAGGCGCACCAGUUCUUCCGCACCACACAAUGGGCCUUGAUUCGACACAUGAAGCCUCCUAUUGUACCCAAUCAGGGCCGCGGUAUUGACACGGUCAAUUUCCGCAACGUCAAGGAAAGCGAGAGUGUCGAUUUUGGCAGGUCUCGGCCGAUGAACCUCAAGGGGGUUCCUUUGGACAGUGGGUUGGCAACACCUGGCGAGCCUGUUGUAGACCCCUUCGAGGAGUUCAACAGCGUCACCUUGCACCAUGACGGAGACGAUGACCAUCAUCACCAAGGCCAUCACCACCAACGGUAGUCAAUUGGCUUGGGGCUUUUCAUGUCUUGAGGGUGGAAGCAUGUGCUUCCGCACGCCAUGCUAUGCUGCACUACAUCACUGGAGCAGUACACUGCCUCUUGGACCUAGGACUCGCAACAUGGACGAACCCGCUUGCGAAACCACAACACAUGCCCACGCGCGCGCACGUACACGCACAUGAUGGCACGCACCAAAGUGUCAUCAACUCUCAUAAACGCCUGUAAGAGGCUGAACAUAUAUGGAAGGAAGAAUGGAAAGGGGAGGGCGUGCGGAGGACGGUGAAUUUCGGAUGUCUCUGUGACCAAGUCCAUUCUGGUCGCAUCACGGGUCGACUGAUUAUCUUGGCUUCUUAUUGCGCUCAAAACAACAUGCUUGCGUCUUGGGAGUUAUGACCGGCCUGGCGUUAUAGGGAAAGAAAGGGAACAUAUGCCAAUUAUUUUCCAGCUGCUGUCACUGUAACUGCUAUGGAUCACUCUACCUGCA